GCAUCACCACCGGCUCCAGAACGGGCAGGGGCCUUGGCCUGACUUCCUUUGGGUUGGUUUUUAUUUUAUUUGCUGUUUUUGUUGUUCUUCUUAGAGUUAUCAUCAGCUGCCCCUCUGUCUCCUUACCCAGCCCCCAUGCCCUCCCUUCCCAAAAUCCCCACUGCGCAUGCGCGCUGCAUCCCUCCUCCCCCUCCUGGGUACCAGUCGGCGCUCCCCGGCGCUGGCGGCGGAAGAGAUGGAGCAGCGUCACGAGCGCCCGGCCCCUUAAAACGCUGCUGGCCGGAGCCACCUCCUUCCCUGCAGCCCGCAGCGGGGAUGGAGUAGAAGGGACCCGUGAGGCUGGCCGCGGGGAUCCGCGAUGGAGUUAAAGCAAUCUUUGUCCACCCAUCUGGAAGCCGAAAAGCCUCUGAAGCGCUAUGGGGCGGUGGAGGAGACGGCGUGGAAAGCGGAGGGACUGGGGAGAAAUCAACUGGACAUCAUCUCCAUGGCAGAGACAACCAUGAUGCCUGAGGAGAUUGAGCUGGAGAUGGCGAAGAUCCAGCGCCUCCGGGAAGUCUUGGUCCGACGGGAGUCUGAGCUCAGGUUCAUGAUGGACGACAUCCAGCUCUGCAAAGACAUCAUGGACUUGAAGCAGGAGCUGCAAAACUUGGUCGCCAUCUCAGAAAAAGAAAAAACCAAGCUGCAGAAGCAGAGAGAAGAUGAGCUUAUCCAGAAGAUCCACAAACUGGUGCAGAAGAGAGAUUUCUUGGUGGAUGACGCAGAGGUCGAGCGGUUGAGGGAGCAAGAAGAAGACAAAGAAAUGGCCGAUUUCCUGAGAAUCAAGUUAAAACCUCUAGACAAAGUAACCAAAUCUCCGGCCAGCUCCCGGGCAGAGAAGAAAGCAGAGCCCCCACCUAGCAAGCCCACAGUGGCCAAGACGGGGCUGGCACUCAUCAAGGAUUGUUGUGGGGCCACCCAGUGCAACAUCAUGUAGCCCCCACUUGGGGUGCCCCCGGGGCCAAGGGGACCCCCUCCCACCCUCUUGUCUUCAUAGCCCCCAUUUCACCGGGGCCCAAGAGCUCGCCAAGGCGGAAGGGGUUGAAGGCAAGCCCAUGACUGCCGCCAGGGGCCGGCUGCCCUGUACAGAGUGUAGCAAUAGGGAGUCCCUCACUGUCGCAUGGCCCUCCCCAGAGCAUGCCGAACCCAGGAGUCUGUGUCACUGUGUAUCCAACAACCAGGAAAGGUCCUCCCUUCAAAAAGUAUAUUUCCACUUCUAUCUAGCUGUAUCUAACCCACCGUGCGAAUGAGCUGGGAGAGGGGCAUGCUCCCCAGGUGUGUAUCCUUGUGACUUCUCAGCAAUCUAGCACCGUGUUGGACACAUCCCCAUCCACCCUCCUAGCUCUGCUGUCUGACCUGCCCCUAGCGGGCACAGGUCCCAUACCCUGUCUGUCUUCUCCCAGCAGCUGUGCCCUUGAGGGCUCCACAUAGCCCACACGUCUCUCGGGCACCAUCCCCAUAGCGUUCUUGGAGACACAGAGGCCCUGUCUGUAAAGAUCAAGCUUGUGUGUGAUGUCAUGGUCACAUCUCCCACUUCCUUCCAUCCUGUGUCUGGGCACAGUUCCUAUCAGGACGGCGUCCACUGAACUCUCGGUCUGUCCUAGGUGUGUGGAGCAGAGGGAGGCCGGAGAGCGGGGGGCUGGGCCCAAGUAGAUUCAGGGUGCAGAAGGGAGCUGGAGGUGCCAAGGCCAAGGCUGUGGUGGGUGAGCAGGGGAGCCAGAGCAGAUAUGGCCCUAGGCACUCUCCACUGCCUGGAGGCCACCACAGAGAUGCCAGUGGACGUUGUGUCACCAGCUCAACACACAGACCUCCGUGAAAGACAGCGAUGGGCCGGAGAGGCAGCCUGCCCAACUGUGUCCCAGCACUUGGUGGCGACAAUUCCUCCUGUGUAACCUGAUGUACAUCUGCGACAGCCAGUCUGGCACAGCCUGUGUGACCUCUCUGUAUGUGUGUGUCUUGUGACCGGCCUAAGUAGUUAGCGUAACUCAAGACUCACUGAUGUGCAGUCAUUCAUCAGAGCAAAUAAAAAUGGAAACCAUGUACACUGCAUUUUAAAGGAUUUUACUUUUUUCUUGAUUAUGGAAGUAAUCCAUGUACAUAGUAAACCAUUUUAAAAGUACAGAAAGUAUAAAGAAAUUUUUUUAAAGCACUAUUGUUCCUCCGUCUAGAGACCACUUUGACAUUUUGACAUUUUUUGUCUUCCUUGUGCAUUUUUUCAUGAUUGCCAUCAUAUUGUAUCAUUUUAUAACCAGUUUUUCCCCACUUAUUAUACCACUACCGUCUCCCACAUCAUUAAAUGCUCUUUGUAAAUAUUAAACACUUCCUAAUCUUA